CUCAAGCUCUAAUACUUAGUCUGUUUAGUGAGUGCUUAUAAUGCAGCAUAAAUUUCUGGAUUUGCUGUUUGGUGUGUGUGUACUAGUUCUAUUGGUUUCUGAGCAAAAUGGGAGUACAGUGAAGAAGAAAAUUUCAAAUUCUGGAGGAGGAUUUUCCAUAAAGAUAGGAAUUCCCAAUGAUUCACCAAAUCAAACAACUAUAGACGGCCAAAAGGCAAUGCUAUUACUCUUUUUCACCGCGUGGAAGAAGUGUAUGAUAAUACAGGAUUCAUUCAAGUGGCAUUUGUUGAGUACGUGGAUGAUGGGAGAAUACAGGUUGAGAAGAAGAAAAUUAUCUCAAAUAAUCAACAAAAUGGCAAGAGUACAGUGAAAAUAUCAAUAGUAACUUAUAGACCAUUCAGCAAAUGGGAAGAAGUUACAGCAUAUGGAGGAUCUGUGAAAAUAAUCGAUCUCUAAAACUGAAUUGAAGACACAAAAAUUGAUUCUACUGAAGUUAUGUACUCGAGUUUUUGAAGUUUUAAUAAUAAUUAAAAGCCUCAGGUUUUAGAGAACUUAAAGUUUCUAGUUUAUUAUUCUCAAGUGAGUGUUAGAUUGGAAUUGCCAUGGAUAAAAACAAUUGGUAACUACAUAAUACAUGUUCUUUGAUGGCAAUGAAUUCCAAUCUCUCAAUCCAACAUUCAUAUCAUGAGUUUUG